AUGGCCCCAAAACAGCGUAUGACCGUUGCCAAUUCACAAUUCAGUAAAAACGUCGUCAACCGUGGAAAUGUCGCGAAAUCCUUGAAACCCCAAGAAGACAAAUAUCCAGCUGCUCCAUGGCUUAUCGGACUUUUCGUGUUCGUGGUGUGUGGGUCAGCUGUCUUUGAAAUCAUAAGAUACGUAAAGAUGGGAUGGUAA